GAACUGGGUCCCAGCGCCGCUGUGCCUGCGGCUGCCUCCGCCGCCGCUCCCGCCUCCCCACCCCCCUUCCCCGGGCUCCUUCCCGCCCGCCGCCGCGGAGACCCAGGCCGAGGCCGGGGAGGACGGCGGAGCCAGGCCCUGGCCGCUCCCCUGCCCCCGCGGCGGGAGCAUCCUCCGGACCGAUCGGCCGAGGGCGAGCCCCGCAGCCCGAGCGCGAGGCGGACACGCGCGCCCCCCGCCUCCGCCGCCCGCCUCCCCCUCCUCCCCUCCCCUGCCCGCCCCUCCGCCCCCCGGCCUCCGCUGCGGCGGGAGGAAGAACCCUCGCCGACCAGCCAGGGGAGCCCAGAUCGAUUCCCAUUCCGGGGAGAAAGGAGAGACCCCGCUCUCCCGGCAGCCCGCCUCGCCCCGGGGCCUCGGAAGCGGCUCGCCGCCUGCGGGGGAGCCCGGACCCUCGGCCGGCCGCCGCCGCAUAGACAGCGCUCCCCCGCGGGCCCCCGGCCCCGCCGAGCCCACUCCCCGCGCGGGGCCCGGGCCGGCGAUGCCAGGCACGGCAGCGGCGGUGGCCGCGGCUGCUGCCGGUCCUGCCGCCGCUGCCACGGCCGCCGGCCCGGGCCCGGGCUGGGGACUCGGGGCUCCGCAGUGGGGCUGAGCCCGCAGCCCCGCCCCCCGAGCCCGAAGCCGCUGCUCCGCCGGGCGCCGGGCCUCCGCCGCCCGCGCCUCCACCCCAGGAGCCGGCGCCAAGCGGGGAGCCCGGGCCCCGCGCCCAGGCCCGGGCCAUGCACGGCCACCGAGCCCCGGGGGGCGCCGGGCCUCCGGAGCCCGAGCACCCGGCCGCGAACCCCCCCGGCGCGCCGCCGGCCUGCGCCGACUCGGACCCCGGCGCCUCGGAGCCCGGGCCGCCGGCGCUCCGGGACUCGGGCUCGGCUCUCGGCGGAGCCCCGGAGCCCCCGUGUGCGGGACCCUCGGACGCUGGCCUGGGCGCCCCUCCGGGCCCCCGAGUCCUGCCCUGCGGCCCCAGCCCGCAGCACCACCGGGCCCUGCGCUUCUCCUACCACCUGGAGGGCUCGCAGCCCCGGCCUGGCCUGCACCAGGGAAACCGGAUCCUGGUGAAGAGUCUGUCCCUCGACCCCGGCCAGAGCAUCGAGCCUCAUCCUGAGGGUCCCCAGCGGCUCCGCUCAGACCCCGGCCCCCCCACCGAAAGCCCCAGCCAGCGUCCUUCGCCACUGAAGCGGGCACCGGGCCCAAAGCCACAGGUCCCCCCGAAGCCCAGCUACCUGCAGAUGCCCCGGAUGCCCCCUCCACCCGAGCCCAUCCCUCCCCCACCGUCACGCCCGCUGCCUGCAGACCCCCGAGUGGCCAAGGGCCUGGCCCCCAGGGCAGAGGCCAGCCCCAGUUCCGCAGCCGUGUCCUCACUGAUUGAGAAGUUUGAGAGGGAGCCCGUGAUUGUUGCCUCGGACAGGCCAGCCCCCGGCCCCAGCCCAGGUCCCCCAGAGCCAGCCAUGCUGCCGCAGCCACCCCCGCAGCCUCCGGUGCCCCAGCUCCCCGAGGGCGAGGCCUCCCGCUGCCUCUUCCUGCUGGCUCCUGGGCCCCGGGAUGGCGAGAAGGUCCCCAACCGGGACAGCGGCAUCGACAGCAUCAGCUCUCCGUCCAACAGCGAGGAGACCUGCUUCGUCAGCGAUGACGGGCCCCCCAGCCACGGCCUCUGCCCCGGGCCCCCCGCCCUGGCCAGCAUCCCCGUGGCCUUGGCUGACCCCCACCGGCCCAGCUCUCAGGAGGUUGAUAGCGAUCUGGAGGAGGAGGACGAGGAGGAGGAGGAGGAGAAGGACAGAGAAAUCCCAGUGCCCCUGAUGGAGAGACAGGAGUCGGUGGAGUUGACGGUGCAGCAGAAGGUGUUCCACAUUGCCAAUGAGCUCCUGCAGACCGAGAAGGCCUAUGUUUCCAGGCUCCACCUCCUGGAUCAGGUGUUCUGCGCCCGGCUGCUGGAAGAAGCACGGAACCGCAGUUCCUUCCCAGCUGAUGUGGUCCACGGCAUCUUCUCUAACAUCUGCUCCAUCUAUUGCUUCCACCAGCAAUUCCUGCUGCCCGAGCUAGAGAAGCGCAUGGAAGAAUGGGACCGCUACCCACGCAUCGGAGACAUCCUGCAGAAGCUGGCGCCUUUCCUCAAGAUGUACGGCGAGUACGUGAAAAACUUCGACCGGGCCGUGGAGCUGGUCAACACCUGGACAGAGCGCUCUACCCAGUUCAAGGUCAUCAUCCACGAGGUGCAGAAGGAAGAAGCCUGCGGCAACCUGACGCUGCAGCACCACAUGCUGGAGCCCGUGCAGCGCAUCCCCCGCUAUGAGCUGCUUCUCAAGGACUAUCUCCUCAAGCUGCCCCAUGGCUCCCCGGACAGCAAGGAUGCCCAAAAGUCUCUGGAGCUAAUAGCCACCGCCGCGGAGCACUCUAACGCUGCCAUCCGCAAAAUGGAGCGAAUGCACAAGCUGUUGAAAGUAUAUGAGCUGCUGGGGGGUGAGGAAGACAUUGUCAGCCCCACCAAGGAGCUCAUCAAAGAAGGCCACAUCCUUAAGCUGUCAGCAAAGAACGGGACCACUCAAGACCGAUACCUCAUAUUAUUCAACGACCGCCUCCUCUACUGCGUGCCCAGGCUGCGGCUCCUUGGCCAGAAGUUCAGCGUGCGGGCACGCAUUGACGUAGACGGCAUGGAGCUGAAGGAAAGCUCCAACCUCAAUCUGCCUCGGACCUUCCUGGUGUCAGGAAAGCAGCGCUCCCUGGAGCUCCAGGCCAGGACUGAGGAGGAGAAGAAGGACUGGGUCCAGGCCAUCAACUCCACCCUUCUGAAGCACGAACAGACGCUGGAGACCUUCAAACUGUUGAACUCAACAAACAGGGAAGAUGAAGACACACCCCCUAACUCUCCAAACGUGGAUCUUGGGAAGCGCGCCCCGACCCCCAUCCGUGAGAAGGAGGUCACCAUGUGCAUGCGGUGCCAGGAGCCCUUCAACUCCAUCACCAAGCGCAGGCACCACUGCAAGGCCUGCGGGCACGUGGUUUGUGGGAAGUGCUCCGAGUUCCGGGCCCGCCUCAUCUACGACAACAACCGCUCCAACCGCGUGUGCACUGACUGCUACGUGGCCUUGCACGGCGUGCCUGGGAGUAGCCCGGCCUGCAGCCAGCACACCCCCCAGCGCCGGAGGUCCAUCCUGGAGAAGCAGGCCUCGGUGGCUGCGGAGAACAGCGUCAUCUGCAGCUUCCUGCACUACAUGGAGAAGGGCGGCAAAGGCUGGCACAAGGCGUGGUUUGUGGUCCCUGAGAACGAGCCCCUGGUGCUGUACAUCUACGGAGCCCCUCAGGAUGUGAAAGCCCAGCGCAGCCUGCCCCUCAUCGGCUUCGAGGUGGGGCCUCCCGAGGCCGGGGAGCGGCCUGACAGACGGCACGUCUUCAAGAUCACCCAGAGCCACCUGAGCUGGUACUUCAGCCCCGAGACGGAGGAGCUGCAGCGGCGCUGGAUGGCCGUGCUUGGCCGAGCGGGCCGUGGGGACACGUUCUGCCUGGGGCCCACCCCGUCCGAGGACAGGGAGCUGGAGGAGGCGCAGGUGGCAGCUGCGGGAGCCGCCGCCGAGCCCUCUGAAGCCCCCCAGACCCGAGACAAGACCUAGAGGGCUUGGGGGGACCUGAGGCCCCGUCCCACACUCUAGCUGCCCAUGUCCGACGGGGGGCCCCGGCCCCCUCCCUCCCAGCUCAGUCAAUACUUGAACUCCCAUCAUGGGCACUUUCAAUCCCGAAUGCUGGGUCUUGGGUUUUUUAAUUCAUCUUUUCACACAAUGGGGGCUUUUAAAAGAAAUAUUCCUACAGUGAUGUUCCUUUUUUUUAAUCCCCGUCCCCAGGGAGGGUGGGAGCUGUGGCUAGACCUGCCUGAACAAGGCCAUUUCCCCAUCCCCUCCACACCCCCCCCUCCGAUCCUGCCUCCACCCACCCCCCCAAAAGCACCAGAGGCAGGAGACCUGGGUUCGAGUGCCAGUUCUCCCACCCAGGCCCUAGCCCUGGCCCAGCCCUGCCCCCUCCCCCAGUGUCCUCACACGUACGAUGCAAGGUGGGGCAGUGACCAGAUCCUUCCCGCCUCUCCACGGCUUACAGCUUCUACCCACCCCCGAGGCUACCCAGUAUUUUAUCGUCCAGACCCAUGGCAGGGCCACCGGGCAGGACAGGGGAACAGGGGGGGACAACGGAUACUCUCGGUUUUGUUUUGUUUUUUUAAAGAAAAAAAAAAUACAGUUUAUUUCAGGCUUACGGAAA